AUGGCUGGCCAGAAGCGCCCCAACUUCCUGGUCAUCGUCGCCGACGACCUGGGCUUCUCCGACCUCUCCUGCUUCGGCGGCGAGAUCCGGACGCCCAACCUCGACAAGCUGGCCAAGAACGGGCUGCGCUUCACCGACUUCCACGCCGCGGCGGCCUGCUCGCCGUCGCGCGCCAUGAUCAUGACGGGCACCGACCACCACAUCGCCGGGCUCGGCAACCUGAUCGAGUGGACCAACGUCUCGGGCCAGAACGACCCCAACGGCAAGAUGUCGACGGCCCCGCAGCGCGGCAUGCCCGGCUACGAGGGCUACCUCAACGAGCGCGUCGUCGCCCUGCCCGAGAUCCUGCGCGACAACGGCUAUCACACCGUCAUGUCGGGCAAGUGGCACCUGGGCCUGACGCCCGAGCGCAGCCCCAAGGUGCGCGGCUUCGAGCGCAGCUUCGCCCACCUGCCCGCCUGCAGCAACCACUUCGCCUACGAGCCGCAGCUCGAGUCCCCCGACCCCAUCCCCGAGUUCAUGUCCAUGAGCUUCAUCGCGCUGCACAGCGAGGACGGCGAGUACGUCCGCAAGCUGCCCGAGGGCUGGUACUCGUCCGACGGCUACGGCGACAAGAUGCUGAGCUACCUCCGGGACUGGAAGGAGAAGGACGACGGCCGGCCCUUCUUCGGCUACUACCCCUUCACCGCGCCGCACUGGCCGCUGCAGGCGCCCCAGGAGUACAUCAAGCACUAUCGCGGCGUCUACGACGACGGGCCGGACGCGCUGCGCGAGAAGCGCCUGCAGCGCCUCAAGGAGCUCGGCCUGGUGCCCGACGAGGUGGAGGCGCACCCCGUCGUCGCCGACGAGGUCAAGGAGUGGAAGGACAUGUCCGAGGCCGAGCGCCAGAACUCGGCGCGCGCCAUGGAGUGCUUCGCCGGCAUGGUCGAGUGCAUCGACGUCAACGUCGGCAAGGUCGUCGACUACCUCGAGUCGGUCGGCGAGCUCGACAACACCUUUGUCUGCUUCCUGAGCGACAACGGAGCUGAGGGUGCGGCGUAUGAGACCUACCCCAUCGUGCAGGGCUCCAUGAUGCAGCACCUCAAGAAGUACUACAACAACCACAUCGACAACCUGGGCAACGGCGACUCGUUCAUCUGGUACGGCCCGCGCUGGGCGCAGGCGGCGACGGCGCCGAGCCGGCUGUUCAAGGCCUACACGACCGAGGGCGGCGUGCGCGUGCCCUUCCUGAUGAAGCCGCCCGCCGUCUUCGCCCAGAAGAUGGAGAAGAACGGCAUCUCGCACCAGUUCUCGACCGUCAUGGACCUGGCGCCCACGAUCCUCGAUAUGGCCGGCGCCAAGCACCCGGCGCCCACGUACCAGGGCCGCGAGGUCGUCGGCAUGCGCGGCAAGUCGAUGGUGCCGUACCUGACCGACGCGGCGCCCUCGAUCCACGAGAAGGACUUCAUCAACGGCUGGGAGACGUGCGGGCGCGCCGCCGUGCGCAAGGGCGACUGGAAGAUCGUCUUCAUCCCCAAGCCCCGCGGCCCGGAGAAGUGGCAACUGUACAACCUGGCCCGUGACCCGGGCGAGGUCCACGACCUGGCCGAGCAGGAGCCCGAGCGGCUCAAGGAGCUGAUCAAGCUGUGGGAUGAGUACGUGCUGGAGACGGGCGUCAUCCCCCUGGCGCCGGAGCUGGGCAAGUGGAUGGCGGCGAUGGAGGAGCAGAUGCCCGAGAACGCCUGGAUCGAGUACGACUACUGGAAGGACGGCGCGAGGGACGACCCGGCCAAGUUCACGAGGCAGGUGCCCCGGUUCAAGAGGGAGGUCAAGGCCAUAUGA